AUGUGUCUUGAAAAAGAACUUAGUAAAAGCCAAAGAGAGAGUAUCAUUGUAGCAAAAAAGUUAGACAAUACAGAUAGCAGAAUUUCUGCAGUUAUCAAUUAUUCUAUUUCUUCUUUUGAAUAUGAAGAACUCAAGCAUUUAGUAGUUAGUAAUAAAAAACCCACUGUUAAACCCUUGCUCAAAUAUGAUUAA